GUUCCGGGCUUCCGGCGGCGGGCGAUGCUGCGGCGGAGCGUGGCCGGGGGAGGCCGGGCGGUGGCCGCCGCGACUCGCAGCUCGGGGCCACGCUGGCUCUCCAGCUGGGUCGGCUGCCGGAGGCUCCCCAGAGGUGGCAGCAAUCCUCGCAGGUACCAUCCCCAGGCGCAGGCCUGCGGUGGCUGCAGAGAGUUCCGGGCAGACUAUGUGAAGUUGGGCUCCCAACCCAGUGCAGGUGGCACCAAGAGUCCCAAGGCCUCCCUGCCCAAGGGGGGCCCCUCAGAACCCCAGCGCCCUCUGCCACCUGAGCUCGAGCCCCCAACAAACUGCUGCAUGAGUGGCUGCCCCAACUGCGUGUGGGUGGAGUACGCAGAGGCGCUGCUGCAGCACUACCAGGAUGGCGGCGAGCGGGCCCUGGCCGCCCUGGAGCAGCAUGUGGCCGACGAGAACCUCAAGGCCUUCAUCAGGAUGGAGAUCCAGCUCCGGGCAAAGCAGGGCGGCUGAGCCCCCUGGCAGGCACACCCUCGCCCUGGACGAAGACUCCUGCCAAGCAGCUUCCCCCAGGGAGCAGCGACGGCCUGCUUCUUUCACGCCCGAUUUGAGCUCGUCAUGUCCAGUGGGAGUAGGGGGAAUUAUUUAUUGACUUUACCUGA